AAAAAAGUCCACCUCAAAAGCCCAAAACAAGAAAAAGGUCAAUAGGUAAUUUGCAUAGUAAUUAUAUUCACAGAUUAAAACAAUCCUAGAUGGCUAGAUAUUGAUCAAAACUGUCCAUAUUUUUAGUCAUUUUUACUUCUUUAGCAGGUAUUGGUAUCCACUGUCAUAUUUCCAAAAAAUGAAGUAUAAACCCUCAACCUUGAUUAUAUCUAUGGCUAGGAAUGGUGAAGUUUACAAUAAUUGGAAGGGUGAGAGAUGGAAUGGCACUUGCAGCAGGUAAGAGAUAUGUGAAUGAAGAAAAUGAUACUUUCACCACUUACAAGCAACAAGGAGAGUUCAUUCUCCAAGAAAUCUCAAGAGGGGACUUGCCUUCUUCCAACAUGACCAUUCAUGUAGAUCACCAUUACUUCAGGAUUAUGGUUGAAAGUGGAGUAUGUUUUAUGACACUGUGUGACUCAUCCUAUCCAACAAAGCUAGCAUUCCAUUACCUCAAAGAUUUACAACGGGAGUUUGACAAGUUGGAUAGGACACUUAUGGAGAGAGUUUCUAAUCCAUAUAGCUUCCUAAGACUUGAUACAAUCAUUGGCAGUGUUGGAAAGAAAUAUGUUGAUACAAAGACACAAGCAAAUAUAUCAAAGAUGAAAACUGAAAUUGGAGAAGAACUAGAUGUCAUUACAGAUGACAUGUCAGAAAUAAUAGCCCGAAAGCAAAAGCAUGAGAUUCUGGAGAAAAUGAAAAAAGCAAACUUGAGUGAUUCUCCAAUCUGGGGUUCAAAAAUUCUUGAGAUCAUUGCUGUGAAAUGGAUUCCAAUUGGUAUACUUGUUAAUGUAGCUGUUCUUCUUCUUUGGAGCAGUUCUGUUUUCAAGGAUGAAUUCCAGUGAUUGGUCUUAAAGAUUACUGUAAUGUGGUAUAGGUUGAAAUUAUGAAGUAGUCACAUACAUGAGCAGUGCUAAAAGCAAACCUAUCCAUGUAUAUGAAUUCAAAAUGAUUUUUUUUUUCAUUCAUCAACCCUUGCACUAUGAAGAAGGUGACAUUGUUGUCAUAGAAUUAUUCUUGAUGCAUCCUUCGUUUUUGUUAUGGAGAAUGAGUAAAAUUAGAAUUACAAAAUGUAAGUUAAAAAUGAUAAACUCACUCUUAUAAACUCC